AUGAACAUUGAGCACAACUUCGCUUCCGUUGCGCAUCCUCAAGCGAAUGGCCAGGUGGAAAGCAUAAACAUACAAAUCGUUGACGGUAUAAAAGCGCGACUUGGGACAGCGCGCAGAGGGUGGGUUGACGAACUUCCCAGCAUCCUCUGGGCGCAUCGAACAAUGCCAAAGACUAGCACUGGAGAAACCCCGUUCAGUCUAGUCUAUGGGUCAGAGGCUGUCAUUCCAUCUGACAUAGGCCUCCCUUCACCGCGCAUGUUGGCUAUGGAGAAGCAGAACAAUGAACAAGAACGGAGGCUGGAUUUGGAUCUUCUGGAAGAAAAGCGCGAGAACGCGGCCAUAGCAGAAGCAAGGGAGUCAUAG